AUGGGGGCAGGCAAAGUUGUAACUAGUUUCUUCGAAUAUGCCUUCAUCUCCAUAGCAGCAGCCGCCGGGCUGUACGCGACACUUUUGACGUUACUCACUACCAAGACAUUCCAGUCACAUGCAGUCUACUUGCACGCCGUCCAAAUGACAUGGUUCAAAGACCUCAAUGUUCCCGAGACAUUUGGCUUCUUGAAAAACCAAGUCACUCCUUUCUCAAUCCCGACUCCCGACGGAGAGCUUCUAUAUGCAUGGCACAUUCUACCCAUCGAGUUGUACCGCAAGCAUGAACUGGCACUCACUGCGGAGUCGACUGACGCCCGUCUGAUUCUCCACAUGCACGGUGCCGGUGGAACUGUGGGAUCGGGAUACAGAGUGCCCAACUAUCGGGCCCUAUCAGCAGGGCAGCCCGACAAAAGUCAUGUUUUGACAUUCGAUUAUCGAGGAUUUGGCCAUAGUACCGGUUCACCUUCUGAAAAUGGUCUGAUCCUUGAUGCCCUGACGGUUGUGGAUUGGGCGAUGAACGUUGCGGGCAUUCCUGCUUCUCGAAUAGCCAUUUUUGCUCAGUCCAUGGGUACUGCGGUGAGCAUAGCUGUUUCUGAGAAACUUGCUUUACAAUCGCCGCCUGUGGUAUUUGCAGGCACUGUCCUUGUUGCGCCAUUCGUUGAUUGCGCGACUUUGGUCUCGACCUAUAGCGUGGCAGGCGUGAUUCCGCUAUUGGCGCCGCUUGCAAGAUUUCCGCUAUUGUUUGACCAUCUCCGACGCUUUAUUAGGGACAACUGGUUAAGUAAAGAUCGUAUUGCGCAGUAUGACGAUUACGAUAUACCCUGGCAUCACUCAGAAGUGCUGUUUUGGCACACAGUCAACGCUUCCAUUCCUUUUGGGAUAAGCUAUGAUGAACUCGAACAGAAGAAGCUGGAUUCAAAAUUGGAUCUGGGUGCUGCUGGGUCUGUGAUGGAAUGGAAGACGGAUCAUGGCGUUAUUCGAGAGGAGAUAUUGAAGACCGGGUUGCAUGAUGUUGUUAUGGGCUACCCGAUUGUCACGAUGGCUGUGAUGCGUGCUUUUGAGGCUGCGGACCCGUCUUUUACGCGUUGA